ACCAACGGUAAUAAUAUUGGUUUGCUAGUGAAGGAAAAACUUGUAAUUAGCAAGGGCUUGCUCGGCUAAGGUUUCAUGGCGUUUUCUGCAAUACCCACGACAACUUCAUGGCGUCCUGUUACUGCCGAUAAUCCUUAUACUCUCUUCACCCACCGUUCCUUAAUCUCCACUCCGCGGCUGUGCCGGCGGCCUUCAACCAUCAUAUGUUCGUCAUCUCUCAAAUCGCCUAAUUCCACGGAAGAGAAGAGGGAGUUACUCAAACAAUACGGUCUCGAUCCCGAUGAAUUUCUCUCUGAACCUACUCCUUCGAAGUCGAGAAGGAAUAAAGAGCAUCAAAAGACUGGAAGAGGGAAACAGGUCAGAGCACCACAUGAGCAAGCUAAGCCUAGGGAGACUCAUAAGUUGCUUCAGGUUCUUGGAGGAACAGCAAGAAGGAAGAAAUUACUAUCCCCAAAGAGCAUGGAUGUUCGCCCAAUGAUGGAAGUAGUCAAAGGUGCAGCUUUUGGUAUUUUGCAGGCUGCUGGUGGAUGCCCUACAUCUUUAAGGCCUGGAAGAUGGUUAGACUUAUACAGUGGCACAGGAUCUGUUGGCAUAGAAGCUAUCAGCAGAGGAUGCUCUCAGGUCCAUUUUGUGGAAAUGGAUCCAUGGGUUGUAUCCGAUGUUCUGCGCCCUAAUUUAGAAUGGACUGGAUUUCUUGAUAAUUCUGUUAUACACACAGUUCGUGUGGAAACUUACUUUGAGCGCAUUAAAGAAUCUUCAGGAAAAGAUGGACCAUUUGAUUACAUAAGUGUCACACCUCCUUACAUGGAAGUGGAUUAUGAGAUUUUAAUGAAGCAGAUUUCAGAAUCAUCUGUCAUUGGGGAUGAUUCUUUUGUAGUUGUGGAGUAUCCAUUCAGAACCAACAUGCUGGAAACAUGUGGGGGUCUUGUUAAGUUAGCUGAUCCUCUUCACAUUUCAGGUGUCAGUGUUUCAAAGCCGGUGGUUGUCAAUUACGUGAGCAAGAGAAGAGUACCAAAUGGACCGGAUCCUAUUCACAACAGGAAAGUUGGGAAUGCGAGAGAAACGCCUGAACGAGCCUAAACUUAGAUUCAAAGACUCGUGUACAUGGAUAUAUCGGAUCUACAACAAGUUUUUUUUUUUUUUUUUUUCUUUUUUU